UGAGGUUGUACUUCGGUCGUGAGAAAAAGCUAAGAUGGCGUCUCGUUAAGACGCUAAGGAUGGCCUAAAGAGAGUAUUGAUGUUGAUCGGGAAAAUGAUUUAUUACGUCAGUAAUUGAGAAAGUUUUCGUAUUAAGCGAACACCAGCUUCUCCGUAGUACGCCCGUACCGUAGACAGAGCGGUGUGUAUGGAGAACUGAGGCUGAAAACGGCCAACUUUGCUAGCCAGCAGAACUGGACCGAGCACAGCUGGUUAGCUAACCAACAGUCAUCCCAACAACAGAGGAAGGAGUGCGGCCACAGUCCUUAUCAAACCCCGGGACAUCGAGGUGUCUUCGGGGAGAUGGAAGUGGAAGAGUUUAUCCCUCCUCCGGAGUGUCCAGUUUUUGAGCCAUCAUGGGAGGAGUUCCAGGAUCCCCUGGGCUACAUUGCCAAAAUACGUCCAAUUGCAGAGAAGUCUGGAAUUUGUAAAAUUCGACCUCCAGCAGACUGGCAGCCACCGUUUUCAGUGGAGUUGGAAAACUUUCACUUCACUCCUCGCAUCCAAAGGCUGAAUGAGUUGGAGGCUGAGACCAGAGUGAAACUCAAUUAUUUGGACCGAAUUGCCAGAUUUUGGGAAAUUCAAGGAUCUUCUUUAAAAAUCCCUCAUAUCGAAAGGCGCAUUCUUGAUCUGUACAGCUUGUCAAAGAUUGUGGCUGAAGAAGGGGGCUUUGAACUGAUCUGUAAGGAACGGCGAUGGGCUCGCAUAGCUCAGAGACUGGGCUACCCUCAAGGGAAGAACCUGGGGUCUUUGCUACGGUCACAUUAUGAGAGGAUCGUCUACCCAUUUGAAAUGUUCCAGUCUGGCGCCAGUCUUACGCAUUGCAAGCCAAAGCAUUAUGAUGGUGAAGAUGUGGAUAAAGAGUACAAGCCUCACUCCAUCCCACUGCGACAGUCCGUGCCCCCGUCUAAAACGAGCAGUUAUGGACGCAGAGCAAACCGUUGCCAGCCUGAUGGUCCAGAGGAUCUGGCCCCCCAUCCUCUCACCACUGGCUCUCAACUCAUCUCUGCGCCUGAACCAACAGAGGAAGACAUAGAGAAGAACCCCGAGCUCAAGAAGUUGCAGAUUUAUGGUGCAGGGCCAAAGAUGAUGGGACUUGGACUGGUUGCAAGGGACAAGGGUUUCAAGAAAAAAGAUGAUCUGCCUCAGACUGUUACCAUCAAGGAAACCCCAGUUCCUGCUUCUGAUGAUGCACCUGUUAAAUCGGAGCCGUUGGACCCUGAAGUGAAGCAAACUGAUGGGGUUUCUUCCAACCCUCAGCUUCCUCCCCAUACUGUUACAGUGAAGGCUGAGCUGAAGAAGGAAGAGGAGGAAGAUUUUGAUGAUGAUGGGUCCAAAAUGACAAUGAGGCUUAGGCGAAACAUUACUAACCCACAGCGUGCGGAUUCAUUUGUGUGUCGGAUGUGUGGCCGGGGAGACGACGAUGAGAAACUCCUUCAGUGUGACAGCUGUGAUGAGAACUAUCACACAUACUGUCUCUUACCCCCCCUCACCGAUCCCCCCAAAACCAAGUGGCGAUGCCCAAAAUGUGUGGCAGAAGAGUGCAAGAAACCAUCUGAAGCAUUCGGCUUUGAACAAGCAACACGAGAGUAUACUCUGCAGAGCUUUGGGGAAAUGGCUGAUGCUUUCAAAGCAGAUUACUUCAACAUGCCCGUUCAUAUGGUUCCUACUGAGCUCGUGGAGAGAGAGUUCUGGAGAUUAGUCAGCAGUAUUGAGGAGGAUGUGACCGUUGAGUAUGGAGCAGACAUACACUCCAAAGACUUUGGGAGUGGCUUUCCAAUGAAUAAUGGGAAGAAGGAACUUACAAAAGAAGAAGAGGAGUAUGCACGUUCUGGCUGGAACCUAAAUGUGAUGCCGGUUCUGGAACAGUCCCUCCUCUGCCAUAUUAAUGGAGACAUCUCUGGGAUGAAGGUGCCAUGGCUUUAUGUGGGCAUGGUGUUUUCAACGUUCUGCUGGCACAUUGAGGAUCACUGGAGCUAUUCCAUCAAUUACCUGCACUGGGGGGAACCCAAGACUUGGUAUGGGGUUCCUUCUGCUGCAGCCGAAAAGCUCGAAGAUGUUAUGAAGAAACUGACUCCCGAGUUGUUUGAGUGCCAGCCUGACCUGCUGCACCAGCUCGUCACCAUCAUGAACCCCAAUAUUCUCAUGGCUCAUGGUGUCCCGGUUGUGCGUACUAACCAGUGUGCUGGUGAGUUUGUAAUCACCUUUCCUAGAGCCUACCACAGUGGCUUCAAUCAGGGAUAUAAUUUUGCUGAAGCAGUCAACUUCUGCACUGCAGAUUGGCUCCCUGCUGGUCGACACUGUAUCGAGCAUUACCGCCGUCUGAGGAGGUAUUGCGUGUUCUCUCAUGAGGAGCUCACCUGCAAAAUGGCUGCCUGCCCAGAGAAACUGGACCUUAACCUGGCUGCGGCUACGCAUCGGGAGAUGUUUAUUAUCGUCCAAGAGGAGAGAAAACUGAGGAAGAAUCUGAUGGAAAGGGGUAUCACAGAAGCAGAGCGAGAAGCGUUUGAGCUACUUCCUGAUGACGAAAGACAGUGUGAUAAAUGUAAGACGACAUGCUUCCUCUCCGCUCUGGCCUGCUCCAACUGUCCAGAACGUCUGGUGUGUCUCUAUCACACUCAGGAUCUCUGCAUCUGCCCCACUGAAAAGCUCUACCUCAGGUACAGAUACACCUUGGAUGAGUUGUUAGCUAUGCUCCAUCGGUUGAAGGUCAGGUCAGAGUCCUUCGAUUCCUGGGCCAACAGAGUAAAAGAGGCGCUUGAACAGGAAGAAGGAAGCAAAAUAGAAAUUCACGACUUGGAGAAACUGAAGGCCGAAGCAGCAGAGAAGAAGUUUCCUGACAAUGAACUUCUCAGGAAACUCAAUACUGUUUUCAAAGACCUAGCAUACUGCCAACAGAGCAGCGCCGAGCUCCUCAGCAAUUCAAAGACCGGGGAUAACAGGAUGACUUUGGCUGAGCUGAAAUCUUUGGUUGACAAAAUGCAAAACUUACCUUGUGGGGUGAACCAUUUAGAGGAAGUACGGGCGGUUUUGCAGACUGUUGAGGAUUUCCAGAAACAGGCCCAAGUUCUUGUCGGUGACAAGGACUGGAAGAAAGAGUCGCCGCCUCCUGAGCAGCUGCAGGGUUUGUUGGAGCAGGGAGACAAACUGCCCGUUUUGGUGCCAGAGUGUAAUUUACUCCAGGGUCUAAAGGCGCAAGGCCACUGGCUGGAAGAGGUGAGGCGAACGCUUGGCACUGAAGGAGGAGAGAGGCACGAAAUUACACUGGAGGUGCUGAGGAACCUCAUGGAAGCAGGUUGCAACGUGCCACAGAGUGUUUCUGUGGAGACGGCGAUGGCUGAGCUGCAGGAGCUGCUGACGAUCGCAGAGCGCUGGGAGGAAAAAGCACAGAUCUGCCUAGAACAAAGGCAGAAGCAUCCGCUUUCCACCCUGGAGGCAAUUGUGAAUGAGGCUCAGCUUAUUCCCGUCAAGCUUCCCAACAUUGAGGCUCUGCGAGGCUGUUUGACACGAGCUCGGGCCUGGGUCACCGACUUGGAGGAAAUCCAGAAUGGGGAGCAUUACCCAUGCCUGGAUGACCUGGAGGGCUUGGUGGCCAUUGGAAGGGAUUUACCAGUCUUCAUGGAAGAGUUAAGGCAGCUGGAGCUGCAGGUGGCCAGUGCUCACUCCUGGAGGGACAAGGCCACCAAGACCUUCCUAAAGAAGAGCAGCCAGCACAGUUUACUGGAGGUUUUAUGUCCGUGUGUGAAAAGGCGGGAGAGGCGGUCUGAGAUGGAGCGGUUGGAUGACCCUCCGGAGCUCGCUGAUUCCAACACUUUGGGGCUCUCUGCUGAGGCGUUGAGGGACCCUGCAGCUAUUGUUUUGGCCUUCAAAGAAGGGGAGCAUCAGGAGAAGGAGGCACUUCUGAGGUUACAGAAAAUGAACAUGUGUAAAUCAGGACUUAAUACAGCAAGCUGUAAGGAAAACGGGUGGUCGGAUAAAAAGGACACAGACGUGUCUUGUUACUCUGAGAACUCUGUUAAAGAGAACGGAAACGACAGCCACAGUCGCAUCGCUCCUCCUCAGUCGGUGUGUGUGUGUGCCGGGCCUCCCCGCGCUCCUCAGCUCCGCUGCCAUUUGUGCAAGGACUGGUUCCAUGGCAGCUGUGUUUCUUUCCCCUCCCUCCUGCCGCCCUAUAACCCGCAGAGCAAUCAUCUUUGUUGGUGGGACUGGGACACCCGCUUUUUAUGUCCACAGUGUCAGCGAUCGCGGCGCCCACGUUUGGCGACUAUUCUUGCACUGCUCGUAGCCCUGCAGAGGCUACCCGUGCGUCUGCCAGAGGGAGAAGCUCUCCAGUGCCUCACCGAGAGAGCGAUCACGUGGCAGGGCCGAGCCAAGGAGGCGCUGGAUAUGCCCGAACUGCGGCGAGCGAUUCAGGAGCUGCAGGAACUCGCAGAGAAAGAGGAGGAAAAGGAUGCAGAAGGGAAUUCGGUUAUUGUUUUAUCAGACUCUGAUGGAGGAGAAGGAGAAGAUGGAGUUAUUGAUUUAACAGCGGACAAUUCACCUAUUAAGAAAAGAGAGGAACUCCAUACUUCUCAGGCUGAAUGCCAAAAUGGUGUCGGCAAGAAGUCAAAUGUUACAGGUGUGGGAUCCUUGCUGCCCCUGCUGCCUUUGCUGAAAGGCAGAGUGGUGAAGCUUUCCCCAGCAACCAGGAAGCAGCUGGAGGAACUGCAGCUAGAAGGAGACCUGCUGGAGGUCACCUUGGACCAGACGUACACCAUCCACAGGGUCCUGCAAGCUGCCUCAGACCCUCCCAAAGAAACGCUGAAAACACUUAUUCAGAUUGAGCUUGAAGAACAGAAAGCGAUGAGGACGAGUCGCGGACGGCCCAAGGAAAAAAGGAAGCGAAAGGGUCACAGCGGCAGCAGUGCAGACGGAGCAGAUCAUCCCCUGGACGUCUCCCAGUCCAAGAAAAACUGUCCUCCUCACUUUAAUGUUGAAAUCCAUCCAGAGAUUUUGUGAUGCGGCCUACCUGGGAGCUGCAUUCAAACACAUCUGUUCAAUGUGAGCAGCAGGACUUUCCGUGCCAGAAACAGUGUCAAGUUCUAGAAAGAUGCGGGACAUCCAUCCUCCUCACCUGCUUCAUCCCUCACCAUGUGAUCAGACACUAACAGACUAAAGACUCUUCUUCUACACUCCACCCAUAUGCAUCGAAAAACCCAGCAGUAUCCAACUCAUCAUUAUUUUGUAACAUACUUUCUUCCCUGAACAUUUCUUUCCAGAGACUGUUGAACCCAUGUGAGAGUUGCCGUUAAAGCAGCUUUUAUGGUUUGGAGCUGUUAGAGAUCAGCCAGUUUACGCUGUACUCCCCAUGUUGUUAAAAGCUAGUUCAGUCUCAGGACCAACAGCAUCAGUUUCACUUCAUUUGAGCUCUCACACUGACAUCGGUUAAGCUGUGGGUGAUUUGAACUUAUUAACGCCUGAAUCCUGACGCUGACGUUACAGUGUAGGAUUUAAAACUGCUGACCUGAGACAAGUGGCACAGUUACACAUUUACAUAUGCAUCUUUUUUUGUUAUUGUUGUAUUUAAUCUUGUGUUUGAAGCUGUUUCUAGGAGACGUGCUUUUUUCAAAACCCCGAGUCAAUUUUGGAAGGUGUUUAAAAACAGGCAUUAAUGUUUUUGGUGCUACUUUUCCAAAAUAAAUAUACGUACCUUUUGGCUUUAUCUUUUUAUCCUUACCUUCUGCUCAGUGCUUUGUUUUAAGAUUCCAUCCUUUAUGACUCCAUUACAUAUUCUGCUUACUCUGAUCCACCCUGUCAUUAUUUUCACUUUCCAGAAUAAGGUUACUUCGACAAAUUUCACUUUGUCUCUAUUUGUUUUCUUUAAGAGCUCAAAUGACUAUAUUAUUAUUAUUAUUGUUGAUAUUGCGGACACAAAGUUUCGUGAGUUUGUGUAUAAACUUUUCAUUUUACUGUUGCCUUUGUUUCUUUUCACUCUUGUUAGG